AAUAUUAUAUAUAAAAAGAACCGUUGAUAUUAUUAUUACCAUUGUUUACAAUUGCAACAUGAGAAACCCUUGGACGGCUUUUAAGGAUCCCACAUUACCUAAAAAUUAUUUUAGGGUGGAGAUCACAAUUUUAAGAUGUCUUGGAAUCGAAUUAAUUAAAGAAGAAACUCUGGCAUACAGCAUUUAUUCAAAAAUAUUUCUGUUGUAUACUGUUUUAUUGUACACCGGCGUUGAAAUUUACGAAAUUUAUGCGCAAUUGGGUGAACUCAACGCAAUGCUUGGCGUGCUCAACUAUUUAAUUACGCAUUUAAUGGGAGCCGUUAAAACGGGACUUUUGUAUUGGAACCGCAAAAAAAUCGGUGAAAUGAUGAUGUCUCUUCAUCAACCACCAUUCAAACCAGACGAAACACGCGGUGGAAAAGAAGAAGAACGUUUAAUUCGCGAUGCAAUUAAAAAGACCGAAAUUAUAUUGAUUGUUUAUUUUCUGGUCGUCUCUGGCACCAUAUUCUCAGGUGUGUACAAUGCGUGUAUCAUUCGCAUACGGAAACCUAAAGAGCAGUGGACAUUUCCAUAUGCGCCAACGAUGUCUCUGGGUGAUUGGCUUCAAAACUCACCUUAUUUUGAACUGGGUAUUUUAUAUCAAUUUUGGGGAGUGUUGAGUUUUGCUGGCGUGAUUGCAACCACUUAUGUUUUACUUUCAUCUAUUAUGGCGCACAUUAGUGUUCAGAUGAAGAUUUUAGGAAACUCAUUUCGCAAUUUAAAAAGUCGAGCAGAAAUAAUGGCGGGUUCGCAGAAGGAUGACGCAUGCAUAGUAAACAAACAUAUGGAAACUCUAAUGCGAGAAGCUGUUAAACAUCAUAUUAAAUCAUUAGAUAUGGCUAAAGAGAUGGAAAGCUUAUGUAGUUUGAUGAUUUUAUCAAUUUUCGUUGCAAGCGUAAUUUUACUUUGUUUUCUUCUGUAUUUUGCGUCUUUGUAUCCUCUUGCAAGCGUUGAAUUUUUUCAAAAUUUCUGUUACUGGUGGAUUAUUGUAUGUCAAGUUGGAAUGUAUUGUUUCUGGGGCAACGAGGUAAGUUUGGAAAGCGAUGAAGUCGCAAAAGCGGCAGCAGAAUUAGAUUGGCCUGGAUCAACCAAAAAAGUUACUAAUGCUGUGGUCAUGGUCAUACGACGCGCCCAAAGACCACUUUAUAUAACCGCUGGAAAAUUCGUUCCCUUGAGUAUGGAAGUGUUUAUGAGUAUUAUCAAAGGAUCUUUUUCGUAUUUUAUGGUUUUACGACAAACUCAAGGUCCUGAUGCUUAAUUACUUAUUAAUUUUGCAAUGUUUAGCUAGUUACAAAGUUUAAAAUUUCUCGAUAUAGUAUAUUUGGAAUCCUAUAGCUGGCUCAUCAUUUAUUUACUCAUCGGCAGCGAGCAACAAUCAUUUGCAGAAGUGCCUUCAAUACACACGAUGCAAUAAUAAUCUUUGUGCAAUAUAUAACUGCUGUUGUAACUGCAAUGAGUCUAACAUCGGCUCAAUUCAUAAGAUGAAUUAAAGAACGAAAAUAUAAAUCAACUGAAAACCUGCACCUGGUCAAUGUAGCACUAACCCUGAAUUAGAUGUUUCUUAAAGAAUAAUAUAAUCGAAAUUGAUAGUUUAAAAAACUAGAAAAUAAAGUACAAUUAGAAACUUG